CCCACGCCGUGCGUGGACGCGCUUUGCAUAGAUUGUGGACGUGAAAAAAGGAGAGAGGGAACUGAGAGCAGAGAGGAGGAGGAGGACGCAGGACUACAGCGCGGAGAGAAGGCAGAGUCUGGAUGAUAUUCGCAGCAGAUCCGGAGCGCCGAGCCGCCGGAAGAGCUGACGUGGUGGGGAUCGUGGAGUAGGAUUGCCCCCCUUUCCCCUCCCUUCCUCUGCGGUGAAAUCAAGCCGAGGUUUUCGCGCAGGACGCGCGCGGCUCGCUGCUCUUCCUCGUCAGAAAAGAGGAAGGUUUCCGGAGGAGCGGAGUGACGGAGUUGGGAUGUCCUGAGUUAUUCCUCCGGUCCCAGAAAGCGGUUUGCCGAUGGGACCUACUGCACCACCAUGAGCUUACAAGAUGGCGGCUGCAGCUACGGCAGCAGCGCCAAUCUGGCCGGCAUUACGGGCAGCAUGCGGCGACGCCUGGAAGACCAGGAGUUCACCCUGCGUGUCUAUCCAGGUUCACUGGCUGAGGGCACAAUUUACUGCCCCGUCGGCGCCCGCAAAAACACCACCGCUGCUGAGGCCAUCGAGUGUCUCAUCGAGAGGUUGCACCUGGAUCGCACCAAAUGCUACGUGUUGGCUGAGGUGAAGGAGUUUGGUGGAGAGGAAUGGAUCCUCAACCCUGGGGAUUGCCCUGUGCAGCGCAUGAUGCUGUGGCCCAGAACUGCUUUGGAAAAUCGCAGCGGCUUGUGUAGUGGCGAGGACUAUCGCUUCCUACUGCGGGAGAAAAAUCUUGACGGCUCUAUACAUUAUGGCGGUAGCUUGCAGAUGUGGCUGCGGGUGACGGAGGAACGGCGGCACAUGGUGGAACGGGGUUUCCUACCGCAGCCAGCUGGGAACGAUCCCCCCUCUGAUCUGUGUGCUCUCCCAGAGCUGACGGAGCGUGCCCUUCUGGACAGCCUGCGCGCCCGUUUCAGACAGGAGAAGAUCUACACCUAUGUUGGGAGUAUUCUUAUUGUGAUUAACCCUUUCCAGUUCUUACCCAUCUAUAAUCCUAAAUAUGUCAAACUAUAUGACAACCACACACUGGGAAAGCUAGAGCCGCACAUUUAUGCCGUGGCUGACGUGGCGUAUCAUGCCAUGCUGCAGCGGCGGAAGAACCAGUGCAUCGUGAUUUCUGGUGAGAGUGGAUCGGGGAAAACGCAGAGCACCAACUUCCUCAUUCAUCACCUGACGGCUCUCAGCCAAAAGGGUUUUGCCAGUGGUGUGGAGCAGAUCAUCCUGGGAGCAGGACCAGUUUUAGAGGCUUUUGGUAACGCUAAGACGGCUCAUAACAACAACUCCAGCCGCUUUGGAAAGUUCAUCCAGGUCAACUACCAGGAGAGUGGCACCGUCAGGGGCGCGUAUGUGGAGAAGUAUCUGUUGGAGAAAUCACGGCUGGUGUACCAGGAGCACAAUGAGAGGAACUAUCACGUGUUUUACUACCUGCUGGCUGGAGCCAGUGAAGAGGAGAGGAAGGCAUUCCACCUGCUCAAACCAGAGGAGUACCACUACCUUAACCAGAUGACUAAGAGACCCCACAAACUCCACUGGGACAAUUGCUAUGAGACUGAGCUGCACGACUGUUUUACUGUGGAGGGGGAGGACCUGAAGCAUGACUUCGAGCGUCUACAGCUGGCCAUGGAGAUGGUGGGAUUCCUACCCGCCACACGCAAACAGAUUUUCUCCCUGCUGUCUGCCAUCCUGCACCUGGGGAACAUCCGCUACAAGAAGAAAACCUACAGGGAUGACUCCAUCGACAUCUGUAACCCAGAGGGGCUGCCCAUCGUCUCAGAGCUGUUGGAGGUAAAAGAGGAAAUGCUACUUGAAGCCUUGACAACCAGGAAGACUGUGACGGUUGGGGAGAGGCUCAUCGUUCCUUACAAACUAGCAGAGGCCAAUACGGUGAGAGACUCGAUGGCCAAGUCUCUGUACAGCGCACUGUUCGACUGGAUCGUUUUCAGGACGAACCACGCUCUGCUCAACAACAAGGACCUGGAGGACAAGUCCAAGCUCCUCUCCAUAGGAGUGCUGGACAUCUUUGGCUUUGAGGACUACGAGAACAACAGCUUUGAACAGUUCUGCAUCAACUUCGCUAACGAGCGUCUCCAACACUACUUCAACCAACACAUCUUCAAGCUGGAGCAGGAGGAGUACCGGGCGGAGGGUAUCACGUGGCACAACAUCGAUUACAUCGACAACAGUGGCUGCCUCAACCUCAUCAGCAAGAAACCCACGGCUCUGUUCCACCUGCUGGACGAGGAGUGCAAUUUCCCACAGGCCUCCAAUCAGACCUUGCUGGACAAGUUCAAGCGUCAGCAUGAAGGAAACAGCUACAUUGACUUCCCCGCCGUCAUGGAGCCCGCCUUCAUCAUCCGGCACUAUGCCGGUAAAGUCAAGUACGGAGUCAAGGACUUCAGGGAGAAGAACACGGACCACAUGAGGCCCGAUAUCGUCGCCUUGCUGAAGAGCAGCAAGAAUGCCUUCAUCUGUGGCCUGAUGGGGAUCGACCCCGUGGCCACCUUCCGCUGGGCCGUGCUGCGGGCCUAUUUCAGAGCCAUGGUGGCGUUCAGGGAGGCCGGCCGCAGACACACCCACAAAAAGCCCGGGAAUGAUGCAGCAGGGCCAUGCCCUGUGGUCAAAGCUGUUGACAGCUUCAGUUUCAUACAUCACCCGGUUCACCAGAGGAGCCUUGAGAUCCUUCAGAGGUGUAAAGAUGAAAAAUACAGUAUUGCACGGAAGAAUCCGCGAACACCUUUGUCGGACCUCCAAGGCACCAACGCCUUGAAUGAGAAGGCCAGCUGGGAUGGCUACGGCGUUGGGUGUAAUGGUCGUAGCAUGCGGUCGGGUCGCGUCUCUUCACCAGGAAACUCUGUCCAUGAGGAUGAAGGGAUCUUCCUAAACCUGGGCAGCAGCAAACUCCUGGAGAGAGCUCAGGGUAUCCUACUGAGAAACAAAAACUGCAAAAGCAAACCAACACUUCCUAAGCACCUGUUGGAUGUGAAGUCUCUGCGCUAUCUGAGCAGCGUGACGCUCCACGACCGCAUCACCAAGUCACUGCUCCAUCUGCACAAGAAGAAGAAACCACCCAGCAUCAGUGCUCAGUUCCAGGCUUCCCUCAAUAAGCUGAUGGAGACUCUGGAUCAGUCGGAGCCGUACUUCGUUAAGUGCAUUCGCUCCAACGCUGAGAAGCUGCCGCUACGUUUCAACGACAGCCUGGUUCUUAGACAGCUGAGGUACACGGGAAUGCUGGAAACGGUCCGGAUCCGUCAGUCAGGAUACAGCAUCAAGUACACCUUCCAGGAGUUUGUGAGUCACUUUCAUGUGCUGCUUCCUCGGAAAACAAGCCCCACCAAGUCUGGGAUCAGAGAGUUCUUCAGACGGAUUCACCUGCCCCCUGCUGGCUACCAAGUGGGCCACACCAUGGUGUUCCUGCGGGAGGCGGAGCGCCAGCGUCUGCAGACCCUGCUUCACCAGGAAGUGCUACGGCGAAUUGUCAUGCUGCAGCGGCGCUUCAGAGCCGUCCUGGAGAGAAGACACUUUGUCAGCAUGAGACGAGCGGCGCAGGUCAUCCAGCGCUGGUGGCGCUCCUGCCUCCUCAGGCAGUCUGCGGUUGACUCCAGCGUUGAGGAGGCGGCAGCGGUUUGUCUGCAGGCAGCGUGGAGGGGAUACAAGGAGCGCAGGAGGUUCCUGCAGUGGCGGGCCUCUGCCAUCACCAUACAGCGGCGCUGGAGGAGCUGCUGCCACCAUCGGAGGGUGCGGGCGGCUGUGAUCAUUCAGACGGCGUGGAGACGGGUCAGGGAGAAGAACCGGUUCUGUAGAGCACGCCAAUCUGUAACGCAGCUCCAGGCCAUGAGCCGAGGAUAUCUGGCCCGAGUCAGGUUUAAACAUCUAAAGGAGGAGAGCCAAACACUCAACAGACCAGACACAGAGAUGGACGCUGGGAAUGUGGACGACUUUGUCUCAUCUGGACUGGACAAUUCUGUCAGUGUGGACUCGUCCGAGGACCCCGAUCCGACCAAGACGGAACGAGCGGAGGACUUUGAGCGAUUUAGGAACGUGGAAGAGAUGAGCCAUAAGAACCGGUCAAAGCGAGAGAGCAGGCGUAUGAGAGAGCUGGAGCAGGCUCAGUUCUCUCUGGAGCUCCUCAAAGUCCGAACCACCUGCAUGGGGGGUUCUCUGUCAGAGGAUGUGGUCUCUGACGGCAGUGUCCCUCAGAGGGAGGACCACCAUGAUCAAGUUUUACCUCAGGGAUCGCCGGCUAGUCAGGGCAGCUUCGAGAUGCUCAGCCUGGAUGAGAUGGAGACGGAAGGUUCUGGUGGACCCGUCUCUAAACAGACUCACCAACAGACCCAAAUUCUCAGAGAUUCAAACCACAAUGAGAAACCUGUGAGUGAACCCACAAACGAGUCAGAGGAACCCAGGGCAAAGUUCUACAUCGCUUCUGACCAGAGUCCGGUUAAUAAACCCACUAAGGGAAGUCCCAGCAGAUCUCUCAAAGACCGGAAGGAGUCGGUUUCCAGGAGGCCUGUGGUGGUGCUGAUCAGUAUGCAGAAAGAGAGUCCAGUGGAGGAAGGCAAGCUGCUGGCAGCUCCUCAGCCGUUUGGCUCCUGUUCCUCUGCUACAGAACACUUAAAGGGACCAACACACAAAGAGCAACCUAAAGUCUUCCCACAGGAAAACAAUGAAGCAGUUGGGAUGGAAAAGCCCUCAAAGCGUAGAGAGGGUCCGGAGGAACCAGAACUUCGUCCCUCAAAGGUGGAUGUCCAACCAAAGUCCAGUGUUCCCUCUGCUCUCUUAGCAAAACAGGAAAGGAAGACCAUCCGCCAAGCGCAGGAGGCUCCGAGCCAGACACUAGACACCAAGCCCCCAAAAGCCCAGAAGAAGAGCUCCGCUCAGACUGUGAUUGUCAACAUGGUGGAGAAACCCGCCGGAGCUGCGGCUCCUCAGCCCAGACGCAAGCUGCCCUUCUCCAAGUCGGAUAAGGACCUGGUGAACCAGGAGAGAUCUCUCUCUCUUUCUAUGCACAGAGACGACUCUAAAUCUGCAGGAUCUAGAAACAGAGAGCAGGUGGGCCCACCCGGCCCCAAAAAGAAAGCUCGAAUGUCCCGGACGCGCUCCGACUUCCUCACCCGCUGUAACUCCGAGGGGGCCACCCAGUCGGACGACGACGAUGAUGUAUACUACGUCCCCGCCCACUCCUGCACGCUGCCCCCCUCCCUGUCUCCCCCACGAGCCCACCGUGACCACGACUGUCACAGUGACUCUGAGAUGUCUCACAAAGAGAAGAAGAUCCAUAAGACCAUGUCAUCAGGGGAUCUGGGCAAAGUGGACACCCUCAGGAAAUCCUCCAGUCAGGAUGGCAGCAGGAUGAGGGGUAAGAUGCGUUUCUGGAGCAAGACCAAACACGGCGAGAAAAAACUGUCAAGGGAGAAACAGACCAGCAGGAGUGAAGCUGGUGAGAUGCCAGGAAGCACGUCUCCUCCACGAAGCCCAGACUUGGAAGUGGUUCCUUCUCGAGAAAUGCGAGACACCAAGGAGAACAAGGAGCCGUCUCCAAAGAUGAAACGACGGCGAAGCUUAAAGAUCAGCAGCAUCACUUUGGAACCCGCCCAGUGGCAGAACGACUCGCUGCACAUCCUCACCUCUGCCCACGACUACCGCAGCAUGAAUGAAUUUCUCAUGAAGAAGAUCGCUGACUUGGACUCAGAAGACGGUACAAAGGACACCAUGGUAGAUGUUGUCUUCAAGAAAGCUCUGAAGGAGUUCAGGAUCAACAUCUUUAACUCGUACUCCACAGCCCUCGCUAUGGAUGAUGGGCGGAGCAUCCGCUACAAGGAUCUGUAUGCACUGUUCGAGCACAUCCUGGAGAAGACCAUGCGUCUGGAGCAGAGGGACUGGAGCGAGUCGCCUGUGAAGGUGUGGGUCAACACCUUCAAGGUCUUCCUGGAUGAAUUUAUGACCGAGUACAAACCGACGGAGGGGACCAUUGGCAGGACUCUAAAACGUGAGCGCAAGAAGUCGAGGAAGAAGGAAACUGACAUGGUGGAGGAACAUAAUGGCCACAUCUUUAAGUCCACUCAGUACAGCAUCCCCACCUACUGCGAGUACUGCUCCUCCCUCAUCUGGAUGAUGGACCGGGCCUGCGUUUGCAAAUUGUGCCGCUACGCCUGCCACAGGAAGUGCUGCUCCAGGAUGACCACCAAGUGCAGUAAGAAGUACGACCCCGAGCUGUCGUCCCGUCAGUUUGGGCUGGAGUUGUCCCGUCUGACUAGCGAGGAGCGCGCCGUUCCCCAGCUGGUGGAGAAACUCAUCAACUACAUUGAGAUGCACGGCCUCUACACGGAGGGGAUCUACAGGAAGUCGGGCUCUACCAAUAAGAUCAAAGAGCUGCGACAGGGCCUGGACACGGAUGUGAGCAGCGUGGUUCUGGACGACUACAACAUCCAUGUCAUCGCCAGCGUACUCAAACAGUGGCUGAGGGACCUGCCCAGCCCGCUCAUGACCUUUGAACUCUACGAGGAGUUCCUCAGAGCAAUGGGCCAACCGGACAAGCGGGAGAUGAUCCGAGGCGUUUAUUCUGUGAUCGACCAGCUCAGCAGGACGCACCUUAGCACGUUGGAGCGUCUGAUCUUCCACCUGGUCAGGAUUGCCCUACAGGAGGAAACCAACAGGAUGUCCGCCAACGCACUCGCAAUCGUCUUCGCUCCCUGCAUCCUCCGUUGUCCCGACACCAUCGACCCGCUGCAGAGCGUUCAAGACAUCAGCAAAACCACCGCGUGCGUGGAGCUGAUCAUCAACGAACAGAUGAGCAAGUACAAAGCUCGUCUGAAGGACAUCAACACUCUGGAGUUUGCAGAGAGCAAAGCAAAAAGCAGACUGACCCACAUCAGGAGGUCCCUGAGCAGAGUUCGUGUUCGGCAAAGCGGCUCCCACAUCCCAUCGCCUCCUUUGAGCCCCAAAGCAGAAGGAGAAGGUGCUGGAGGAGGAGGAGGAGGAGGAGGAGAGGAGGCAGGAGAGAGCGGGCUCAGUGAGCAGCAGCAGCAGGUGAUGCAGCAGGAGGAGCGGAUACUAACUGAGCAGAUUGAGAGCCUACAGAAGGAGAAGGAGGAGCUGACGUACGAGAUGUUGGUCUUAGAGCCUCGAGCAUCUGAUGAUGAAACUCCUGAAUCGGAGGCCUCCAUCGGCACAGCAGACAGCUCUGAAAACAUCACCAUGGACACGGAAGGAGCCACCCCCUCUGAACGUGUGACGUACCAAUCGAGAAAGUCUGAGUCGAAGUCCAGACGAACUCUCCGUCGUCAGCCAGACUCUCAGGACUCUGUCGACUCCACCUCCACCAUCUCAUCCUCCUAUCACCCCUCCUCCUCCGUUUCCUCCAAUGCUUCUGGUUCCCCAUCUCCUCACUACCGUUUUCGCUCGUCCUCCUCUGGGCCCCUGCUCACAUCUUGCAGCUUGGGGGCCCCGUUGGCCGAACCAGAAGAAGGCCAAAGGACCGGAAAGACUCGCCUCAGGCUCAGGCUGAGCCGCAGCUCACCGCGGGACUCCUCGGGAGCCCAUCGGAGAGAUUCGGACUUCGGCUCGGGGCCACAGCAGCUGGUUCUGUACAAUCAAAAUGAGUUCAUGGUGUGAUUACCGCAGGGAGAGGAAGACCAGCUGCCGCCGGCUUUUGACGGGAAAAAAGGAGGAGACUGCAGGUCAGAAAGCAGCUCCUCCUCUGUGCCCAACCCCGGCAUCUUUGACCCAACCAAAGCAGAAGGAUUUGGUAUUGAGCAGAUCUUCAAGGAAACGGCGGGCUGAUGGUUUCUGUGAGCAGCAGACAGCUGGACCGAAAGGAACCGAGGAGAUCUCAGUACGUUUUUAGCCCCUGCAGGUGUACCAGGGGUCAUUUAAAGGACCAGUGAGACUGGAAGGCAGAUGUGGGGGUUGGAUAAGGAAGAAAAGAAGGAAAUCCUUCAAAGCCAAAUCUAUCAAUGCUCCAUCUUUAUUUUUGCAGCAGGUGGGUCGUGCCACCAGGAACAAAUGUAGCCAUAGUGACUGAACUGGUGAACAUGCUGUCAGGAAGCAGCGUCAAUCUAAGUGUGCAUUACGUCAUGUUUACACAGGAAGCAGCGGCCAAGAGGCUGCACGCUUUCCAUCACACCUGGCUCACAUCAGUUACGACAGACUGUCAAAGCUGUGUUAAUACUAUUAUUAUUAUUAUUAAUAUUAUUGUUUCAGAUAAAUAGAGAGUCCGGUGCUGCUCCUGGGUUGGUCGUGUGGAUCUGUGACCUGUUUCUGUAAAUUGAAGUGUAAGAAAUUCAGGUCGACUUUCUUUAUGGCCGGUUUUCCGUCUGGCUCCGGGGCCGGUUUGAGGGGCCGCGGUUUGACUCGUCACAUGUCCCCAGAGCUCGCCCCAGGCGUCCGUUGGCCGGCCGGCUGGGAGUGCUUUGUGCUCUGCCUUUUUUUCUGCACAGGUUUAGUUCAGAAACAUCAGUGUUACUUGGUCAGGACUUGAAUCUUUGGUUUGUUUUUUAUUGUGAGAUAUUCCUGUAUCAUAGGCGUUAAUUGAUUGAUAUCAAAGAUGUCAUGCUUUUUUGUUUUUUUCUUAAUUAUUGGAUUGUUUUGAUGAAAGCCAUUUUUUUCUCUUCCUAUGACUUCACUUCUGUGCAUAUGUAGCCUCUCUUACUCACUCCUUUAUACACUUGGCUUUCUCUGCUCCUUUAAGGGUGAAAACUGUGCCGGUUACACUAUGAACGGUGGUAGUGGGAUAGGGGGGG